GCCGUAAAAUGUCCAGCAGGGGGCGAACUGUCGUGCUAUUCCACAGCAGCGUCAAGAAACAAGUAUGGCGGUGUCCAGUGUUUUCAGACCGGGCUUGUUCAACCAUAAAGUUGCAAUAGUAACGGGUGGAGGGACCGGAAUCGGUAAAGCUAUCUCUGCAGAGCUGCUGGAGCUGGGCUGCAGUGUGGUGAUCUCCAGUCGAAAUGCAGAGAGGUUGGAGGCAGCAGCUCAGGAGAUGAGACAGAAACUCCCUCCCUCCAGCCCUGCCUGUGUCACCCCUCUACCAUGUAACAUCCGAAAAGAGGAUGAGGUGAAGGCCCUUGUAUCGUCAGUGCUGAAGCAGUACGGCAGGAUAGACUUUCUGGUGAACAAUGGAGGAGGUCAGUUCAGCAGCCCAGCAGAACACAUGUCCUCUAAAGGUUGGAAAGCCGUUAUAGACACCAACCUGACUGGAACCUUCCACUGCUGCCAGGAGGUAUACACUGCAUGGAUGAAACAGCACGGAGGUGUGAUCGUCAACAUCAUUGCUGACAUGUGGAAAGGCUUCCCAGGCAUGGCCCACACAGGAGCAGCGAGGGCAGCAGUGGACAACCUAACAAAGAGUCUGGCCAUCGAGUGGGCAGCCUCAGGAGUCAGAGUCAACGCCGUUGCACCUGGCACAAUCUUUUCCAAAACUGCAAUGGAGAACUACAAGGAGCUUGGACCAAAUCUCUUCAAGAUGUCUGUUCCAUUUAGCCCUGCAAAGAGGCUGGGAGUACCAGAAGAGAUCUCAUCAGCAGUGUGUUUCCUGCUCUCUCCUGGUGCCUCCUACAUCUCUGGAGCCACCCUGAGGGUUGAUGCAGGACAGAGUCUGUACCACUCCAUGUGGGAGAUACCCAACCACAGUGCAUGGCCUAAAGCUCCAGAGGGGGAGAACCUGGACGCUCUGAAGGACCUGCUCAACCCACAAAGCAAACUCUAAUUCCCUUUUGUGACAUAGUCUGAGCCCAAUGCGUAAACACACGCACACGCACGCGUGCUUGGCCAACGAGCAUCAUGGACAUCGAGCUGUAUCAGGCACCACGAGCACUGUCAAAGAAACAAGAAACUAUGGUGGCCUGGUUAUACGAUGGUGUGAUUUAUUAUGCAAGUCAUGUACAUAAUUGUAUGUAAUUAAUCCUGGAUAUAUUUUCCAAUGCCUUUGUAAGUUGGUAAGUAAACAUACAGUACUUUAGAACUCAAUUGCUACAAAGUCCUUAACAAAUGGAGACAAAAGUCAUAAAUAACAACAAAACAUAGACCCAAAUCAACAAAUAUAAAUAAUUUCAGGAAAAUGGCAAUGAUUUUUUUAAAAUUUGCACUGAUUUAGUGUCUCUGAUGCUGUUUCAAAGUCAGGAUCUACAAUGUCAAAAACACGAUCACCUUUAGUGUUUAACCUGGACCUUGGACUAGGCUCCUACAGUGAUGAGAGAGAACAGCAUCUCUUUUUCAAACCCCUCUUUUCUUUCUUUUUUUUUUACAGGGGCCUGAUCAUGUAAUUCUUUGUAAGUCUAAGAUUGCCUUGCAUUGACUGUCUUUGAUGUACAGUUAUGAUAUACGCUAAUUGUUACUUUUAACAUUGGAUAAUAAAAGACUAAUAAAAUGUU